GGUGUAUUAGAGCAUUAUAUUUUACUCAUCAUUUUGGUCCCUUUUUUCAAUCUUUGUGUUCUGGUGGCUUAUUUAUUCAUGACGGGGGAGUUAAGGAUCGAGUCUUUCUAGUAACUACACCAUAAAAACGAACUACUUUCUGGUUGUUGGUGAGGGAUCUGAUUGAUUCUGAGGAGGAGGAAGAGGUGUUGUUUGAUGACAUGGGAGCGUGUGUGUCAACUCCACAAGGUUGUGUUGGGGGAAAGUUGAAGAGGAAAAAAAACCGCAAGAGGAGGAGAGGAGAUGGGCUCAGGAGAAGAGUUUGUUGUCGGUUGUAUAAGAAGGGGAAGGGAUCAUCAUUGGACAAGGUUGAUGUGCCCGGUGACCGUUCCUUUGCCAACAACCCCACUUUCCAAGCUGGAAGUAUUAUUGAGGAGGCAUGGUUUGAUUCAGUUGCGGUGUUUGAAUCAGACUGUGAUGAUGAUUACCAGAGUGUCCCUGAUGAUGUUGUAUCUCUGAAUGGGAUAGAAUCCAUAUCAAGUUUUGCAUCUUCAAGAGAUGGAAACCAUAGAGUAUCAACUGAUCAAGUGCAGAAAACAAAGGAGUUGUUAUCUAGAGAAUAUUCUGGAAAUAUCUCUGAGGCUGCCAGAAUUUCAGAUGUUCAACAUUCUAGUGUAGAUGUCAUUGAUUCUCAAUGUAAAUGCGACAGAAAUAUAGUUGAAGGAAAUGAACCUGUGUUCCUUGAUGAAAUCUCCUCAGUGGAUGCAAAUUCCAUCAAGGAAGAUGGAAUUUUGGAUAACUGUGGGAUUCUUCCGAAUAAUUGUUUGCCUUGUCUUGCAUCUACUGUUCCUUCCAUUGAAAAGAGAAGAUCAUCAAGUUCUAGUCCUCCUAGUGCAAGGAAGAAGACUCCUAUGAAAAUCUCCUCUAAAUUGAGGGAAGGACAUGGGAUUGCUACCCUAUUUUCGUCAAAGGAACUUCUACAAAGACCAAUUGCAGGUUCUCAAGUACCCUUUUGUCCAAUUGAGAAGAAAAUGCUUGAUUGUUGGUCACACAUUGAUCCAAGCACUUUCAAAGUCCGAGGAGUAAAUUAUUUGAAGGACAGGAAGAAGGAAUUUGCUCCUAACCAUUCUGCAUAUUACCCAUUUGGUGUAGAUGUUUUCUUAUCUCCGCGAAAAGUGGACCAUAUAGCUAGGUUUGUGGAGCUUCCUGUUAUUAGUUCCUCUGGGAAAUUUCCACCCAUACUUGUUGUGAAUGUACAGAUUCCUCUCUACCCUACCGGACUGUUUCAAGGUGAAACUGAUGGCGAAGGAAUGAGUUUUGUUUUGUAUUUUAAACUUUCAGAAAGUUACUCCAAGGAACUUCCACUGCAUUUUCAAGAAAGCAUGAGGAGGUUGAUGGAUGAUGAAGUUGAGAAGGUAAAGGGUUUUCCUGUAGAUUCAAUUGUUCCCUUCCGUGAAAGGUUGAAAAUCUUGGGCCGUGUUGUCAAUCUGGAAGAUCUUCAUUUAAGUGCAGCUGAAAGGAAGCUUAUGACCGCUUACAAUGAGAAACCUGUUCUUUCACGUCCCCAACAUGAGUUUUACUCGGGAGAAAACUACUUUGAGAUUGAUAUAGAUAUGCAUAGAUUCAGUUAUAUCUCCAGGAAAGGGUUUGAAGCUUUCUUGGACAGAUUAAAAGUCUGUGUUCUAGAUGUUGGUUUAACAAUUCAGGGGAACAAACCAGAGGAGCUGCCAGAGCAAUUGUUAUGUUGUAUUAGGCUAAAUGCCAUUGACUACAUGAAUUACCAACAACUUGGGCUAACUCAAGAAGAACCCCUGUAAUUUUAUUAAUGGCAAGAAAGCAUUUUUCAAUCUUGCAAUUUAUGGUCAUUUCAAGAUGCGUUUUUAUGGCUA